UAUUUCCGCCAAGAAUCUUGCCUACAUUGGACUGCGGGACGUGGACCCUGGUGAGAGGAAAAUCAUCGAAAUGCUUGGCAUUCCAGCAUUCUCAAUGCAGGAAGUUGACAGAUUUGGAAUAAAGGAAGUCGUAGAUAUGGCACUGAAAGCAGUAGACCCGACCGGUGACAAACCAAUUCACAUGAGUUUUGAUGUGGACGCUCUGGACCCCACCUUAAUUCCCAGUACGGGCACCCCCGUGCAUGGCGGGCUCUCCCUGAGGGAGGGACUAUACAUAGCAGAGGUGAUGGCCGCUACCGGCCGAUUGUCCGUAGUGGAUAUUGCGGAGGUCAACCCAAUGUUAGGUGACGCGAAAGACGUCGCCAAGACGAUAGACAUGACGCUGGAAGUGAUCCAGCGGUGUUGUGGACGGAUGCGCAGGGGGGCGUAUCCUCCGGGAUACACAGUCCCUCUCCCAGAGUCGUCGUAGUUACAGAUAACUCGUGAAGUUUUGGACGAUUCUCAUUUCACAGAACACACGUUAUAUGGCAUCAUUCUCUAGUGUUGAAUGUUUGCUUACAUGACCUCUUUGACAUUUGAUUUUGUGAAUUUAAAAAACGUUAUUUUUUUUAGAUCCUUUUUUUCUAACAGGAAGGGCAUGACAUGAGAGCAGGGCCGUGAACCGUACGUUGUAAUGGUGUCAUGGACUGUAGUUAAACACUUGUGUCUGUUUCCGUUCAGUCACUGUUAUGGUUCGUUGAUAAUUUCUGUAUUUUUGUUUGUUUGCUCAUUAUUAGUUCUCUCCACACCGGAACUGCUCACUUUUUUGACGUGUUAUCUUCAUGCAACGACUGCUGUCAUGCAUGACAUCAGGAGGGUAGAACAAUGUCAUGUAUGACAGCAAGAUGGUAGAUCGAUCAAUGUCAUGUAUGACAACACGAUGGUAGAUCGAUCAAUGUCAUGUAUGACAACAAGAUGGUAGAUCGAUCAAUGUCAUUUAUGAUCUGACGAGGGUAGGGCGAUGCCAUGUAUGAUUUGGCACGGCCGAACCGAAGUCAUGUACAAUAUGAGGAUACGCCGAUAUAAGGAGGGUAGAUGUUGUGUAGCAUGUCAUCCAUGUAGUGACCACGGCUCACCACGCCCUUGGCUGUCAUUUAUCAACAUUUAUUAUUGUAAUCUGUUAACCACUGCCUUCAGUCUUAUUCACUUAUUUAUUCACACUGUGAAUAACUGCGCGUUUAAUAUUUUGAGUUCAUUUUCGAGAUGAGUCGACCUUGAGUGCAGAUAUCUCGCUGAUGUUUAUAGAUCUGUUACUGUUUAAGUGAUGACGACACGAAAAUGAUGUAGUCCGUGAGUAAAGUGUAUACCUUCGACAGAAAUAUCCCACGUUAUACCCCAUGUUUCUGUCUCGUUUGACCUGUCUGACCCUUUACGUUACAUUUAUUGCAAAAUUUCAGACGACGGUGUAUAUCAUCCACACAAUAAAAUAUAUAACAACCCGCAUUUAAAACCUUCCAUUUUGUCGUUGAACGGUUUUUGGUGUUAUUUCAUUAACGAUAUUAUACAUAAUAAUAUAUUUUGAUACCUGUUAAGCACGGACUACAUUGUGUACGCGGAAGCUUUGAAAGGUAGCUUUAGUAUCACAGAUUCAACAUAAAUUUGAGGCCCCAGAUGGGAUAAUUUUAAACUAUGGUGAAAUUAAAUAUGUUCCGAACUAAGGAAUUGAAAAAAACAACAACGAGUUAGCUGUAACUGGGCGAUUGCCUCCAUUACGGCUAAGAUUCUAUAACAUCCCAAACUCGACUUGUGCCUCUGUUGGGAUUAUGGUAAAGAACCUUAAUCAGCCCUCGACAGAGAUACGCCAUUUUGGUUCAGUUAUAAGUUAUUUUGAAUGAAAUAAGAAAUGCCGGCUAUUUUAUAAGAAAUCAUGUCUUGAAUAGAAUAUAAUUUUCUUUAUUGUAGGUGAUAUUGAUUUACGUAGGCCGGUGAUAUUGGUUUGUGGUAGGCUAGAAAAGUGAUAUUGGUGUAAGCUACGUAAUCUACGCACACCUAGACAGGUGCUAAUGAUGUUUUUCCUAUGUAAGUUGAUAAAAUGGUAAUUAAAUCAAUAAAUAAACUGUUACUGUUGACGAA